AUGAGCGCUCUAAUUGGGAAGUUGGAUAUAGAUGAUGAGCCACCGGCAGACUCAUUGGAUAUAGAUGAUGAGCCACCAGCAGACUCAGUAGAAACUAUUAGAGAAAGGGCUGAUGAGCAUUCUAAUGGGAAGUUGGAUAUAGAUGAUGAGCCACCGGGAGACUCAGUAGAAGCUAUUAGAGAAUGGGCUAAUGAGCGCUCUAUUGGGAAGUUAGAUAUAGAUGAUGAGCCACCGGCAGACUCUGUAGGAACUAUUAGAGAAUGGGAUGAUGAGCGCUCUAAUGGGAUGUUGGAUGUAGAUGAUGAGCCACCGGCAGACUCAGUUGGAACUAUUAGUGAAUGGGCUGUUGAGCGCUCUAAUGGGAUGUUGGAUAUAGAUGAUGAGCCACCGGCAGUCUCAAAGUUGGAUAUAGAUGAUGAGCCCCCACCAGACUCAGUAGAAACUAUUAGAGAAUGGGCUGAUGAGCGCUCUAAUGAGAGGUUGGAUAUAGAUGAUGAACCACCAGCAGACUCAGUAGAAACUAUUAGACAAUGGGAUGAUGAGCGCUCUAAUGAGAAGUUGGAUAUAGAUAAUGAGCCACCGGCAGACUCAUUGGAUAUAGAUGAUGAUCCACCAGCAGACUCAGUAGAAUCUAUUAGAGAAUGGGCCGAUGAGCGCUCUAAUGAGAAGUUGGAUAUAGAUGAUCAGCCACCAGCAGACUCAGUCGAAACCCUUAGAGAAUGGGCUGAUGAGCGCUCUAAUCGGAAGUUGGAUAUAGAUGAUGAGCCACCGGCAGACUCAGUUGAAACUAUUAGAGAAUGGGCUGAUGAGUGCUCUAAUGAGAAAUUGGAUAUAGAUGAUGAGCCACCACCAGACUCAGUAGAAACUAUUAGAGAAUGGGCUGAUGAGCGCUCUAAUGGGAAGUUGGAUAUAGAUGAUGAGCCACUGGCAGACUCAUUGGAAAUAGAUGAUGAGCCACCACAAGACUCAGUAGAAGCUAUUAGAGAAUGGGCUGAUGAGCGCUCUAAUGGGAAGUUGGAUAUAGAUGAUGAGCCACCGGCAGACUCAGUAGAAACUAUUAGAGAAUGGGCUGAUGAGCACUCUAAUGGGAAGUUGGAUAUAGAUUAUGAGCCACCGGCAGUCUCAGUAGAAACUAUUAGAGAAUGGGCUGAUGAGCGCUCUAAUGAGAAGUUGGAUAUAGAUGAUAAGCCACCACCAGACUCAGUAGAAACUAUUAGAGAAUGGGCUGAUGAGCGCUCUAAUGAGAAGUUGGAUAUAGAUGAUGAACCACCAGCAGACUCAGUAGAAACUAUUAGAGAAUGGGCUGAUGAGCGCUCUAAUGAGAAGUUGGAUAUGGAUAAUGAGCCACCGGCAGACUCAGUAGAAACUAUUAGAGAAUCGGCUGAUGAGCACUUUAAUGAGAAGAUGGAUAUAGAUGAUGAUCCACCAGCAGACCCAGUAGAAACUAUUAGAGAAUGGGCUGAUGAGCGCUCUAAUGAGAAGUUGGAUAUAGAUGAUGGGCCACCAGCAGACUCAGUAGAAACUAUUGGAGAAUGGGCUGAUGAGCGAUCUAAUGGGAUGUUGGAUAUAGAUGAGGAGCCACCGGAAGACUCAGUAGAAACUAUUAGAGAAUGGGCUGAUGAGCGCUCUAAUGAGGAGUUGGAUAUAGAUGAUGAGCCACCACCAGACUCGGUAGAAACCAUUAGAGAAUGGGCUGAUGAGCGCUCCAAUGGGAAGUUGGAUUUAGAUGAUGAGCCACCAGCAGCCUCAGUAGAAACUAUUAGAGAAUGGGCUAAUGAGCGCUCUAAUGGGAAGUUGGAUAUAGAUGAUGAGCCACCGGCAGACUCAGUAGAAACUAUUAGACAAUGGGCUGAUGAGCGCUCUUAUGAGAAGUUCGAUAUUGUUGAUGACCCACCACCAGACUCAGUAGAAACUAUUAGAGGAUGGGCUGCUGACCGCUCUAAUGAGAAGUUGGAUAUAGAUGAUGAACCACCAGCAGACCCAGUAGAAACUAUUAGAGAAAGGGCUGAUGAGCGCUCUAAUGAGAAGUUGGAUAUAGAUAAUGAGCCACCGGCAGACUCAGUAGAAACUAUUAGAGAAUGGGCUGAUGCGCACUCUAAUUAG